CUCUGUAUCCGUGUGUGUUUGAAUGUAGAAAUGAGAAGCAUAGAUUUAUAGCACGUUGUGGAAGGAGCUUUAUAAAUUCCACUACACUGACUUGUGUUAGUUCAUACGGUGGAGCUGCCACAUCCAAUAUGGCGGUGACGUCAACAUAUCGCUGCAGCGGGCCAACCCACUCAGUGAAGCGUUUAUAUAUCUGUGGUGCAAACCCAGAUUGCUGUGUUGUUACUGAGGUGACUGACUUUCACAUCCAGCACACAAUAUUUGGAAGACUAUGGCAGAACUGCACGCUGAUCUGGACAGGAACAGAGAAGACUACCUGGACAAGGAGAACUUUAUGGCUCUAGCCGUACUGGUAGCUCAGAGGAGCAAGGACCCGAACACAAAGGUGGGGGCAUGUAUAGUGAACCAAGUGAAAAAAAUUGUCGGCCUUGGUUACAAUGGUAUGCCCAAUGGCUGUGAUGGCCAGCUGCCGUGGGCCAGAACUGCUGACAACCGACUUGACACUAAAUACCCUUAUGUGUGCCAUGCAGAGCUGAAUGCCAUUAUGAACAAGAACAGUGCUGAUGUGAAAGAUUGCACCAUAUAUGUGUCUUUGUUCCCCUGCAACGAGUGUGCCAAGCUUAUCAUCCAGGCAGGUAUAAGCAAAGUGAUCUAUCUUUCUGAUAAGUACCAUGACACGCCAGAGAUGGUUGCUUCAAGAAGAUUGCUGGACGCUGCACGCAUACAGUGCGAGCAGUUCCAGCCCGAAGGUAAUGAGAUUAGAAUUCCAUUUUGAUUCCAUUAACCCCUCUGGAAUGCAGAACAAGGCAGCUGCUGAAAGAGAUGAGGAGGCAGAGGAAGACUGACGAGAUUGAAAGGGACUUUGAUGCCUUUUUUCUCUAUGUCUUCUUGCCCCCUGCUUUGACCAAAGGAAAACUCAAGGAUACCUUGACUUUAGAGCCUUGAUAUUUUGAUUAACUGGAUAGUCAAGAUACUUUAAUUUGAUGCUUCGCCCUUUUUGGCUAACUCUGGUGGAAGGUCAUUCAAUUAUACUUUCACAUUUAUUCUUUUAAAACUCCCUCUGGGUUUAUGAAUACACACAGUCUUUAGUGUCUGAUUUUAAAUUCUUUCGUGUUGUGAGUUAGAUCUGGUCAUGGCUGUCUCCACAGGGGAAAACCUGAAAUCUUCCUUCCUCCUUCAAAUGAAAAACUACUAUUUUUUGCAAAAAGGUAGCCAUUGUUGGCCUUGUCUUUAUGUCCUCGGGUUAGUUACGGAGUGCAUAUAGGGUUUUUAAUAUUCCUGGUAUGGGGUUAUGGAUCUUUAUUUUAAUUACCAUUUUACUAUUGUGUUCUACAAGGUGCUGCUGUCUCUGGUUGGUCAGACAAUAUUUAUGUAAUUGGAGUGUGUUAUAUAAAAUGUCACUUUAUUUUAGAUUUCCUUCACAGUACUGAAAGGCUUUUAAAAACAUGUUGAUUUAACACAGUCUUAAACUGCUGCCAUUUAGCUGACAACAACUGAACCUUCUGCUGUUUACUGUGUAAUAUGUGUUACGAUAAAUGUAUGAGGGCCAAUUAUUUGUCUGUGUAUCAGCUACAACUAUGUACACGUGUGCUUUAGAUGACAGGGAAACACUUCUCACAAUUCUGUCUUUAUAUCAUCAUUCUUAGUUAUAACCACAUCAGUUGUCUGUGCAGUUGGAGUCAAUAAAUGUUUUGGACCGAUGCGUAUA